AUGAGAUACGCUCCAGAAUUCAAGAAGUCCGCCUCGCACCUCCCGAAGACAUUUGCCGUGUGCGACAUCCCUCUGUACGACAUAUGUGACUACAGCGUCACCAGAGAUCAGUGCAAGGAACUCGGGUGCUGCUUUUAUAAAGGCAUCUGCUAUGAGAAGGCCGUUCCCACUUAUGUGCAAGUGUUUUCCGCCUUGAUCGUGAUCAUUGCCGGGGACUUUAUCGUCACCAUUAUUUACAGAGUUGUCCAAGAGAGUAGGAGAGAAAAGGAAGUCCCUACAGAGGCACCUUUGUCCUCCAAGUCCAGCGCUCAAGUGGAAGUGGUGCCCUUGGGCGAGCGGCCGGCGGGGUCGAAGGCCCCGAGCACAGAGCCGUCGCACAAAAGCGCGGAGAGCGGUAGGGAGGGCGCACUGGCCGUACCGGAAGACGAAGAAACUGAGGACUGA